AUGUCCUACUCAGAGAGCGACGAGAGCGACACGGUGCCGAAUUCCCUCAACAAGCGAGUAUCGUCCUUUGCGGAUUUGAUUCGAGCUGGAGAUGGAAUACAUAGUGUACGAGGGAUUUGCGGGUUUAUUCGGUCCGUCGUGUUGAGGAUCAACGAUUUGAUGACAAGAUAUAGUCUAGGGUUUGAUUGGAUCUUCAGGGAUGCUGACUUCCAGUUUAUCCUGCAAAAUAUUUUUCGGAUGUCGUCAGAGAAUCCGACUUUUGAUCUGGCAAACACUCCCCGUGUCGAAUAUUUGUUUACUUUGGGCUUGCGGCGUACGUGGACGCCUUCCGAUAUGGUGUUUAAAUCACUUAAAAAUUUUAUAAACUCCUCGAAGCUUGACCAUCUAUCACUAUAUAAUGUUCAAGGGUUGCAGAAGGGAAUCCUUUCGCAAAGCAAUGUCAAACACAUUGUUCUAUACCAGGCAAGGGCAGCAUCAAUAGAUUCGAGUAUAGUUGAAGAUUUGGAUAGCAUCACCAAUUCAGAGGGGGAAGAAAAACGGCUCAGAAUAUGUCCGUUGGAGUCUCUUGAAACCGACAUGAAUAUGACGCUAGCUGAACAGGUUUCUCUUUUCCACUCGCGCCCACACACCUCUAGUGUUGGACACCAUCUACCAGGCGAAGCUAUCUUUCCGUAUCUUACCAAGUUGAGGCUGCAUUGUAAGCGGAUCCAUACUAGCGAAUUCAACAUAGCAGCCAACGAGAUACUUUUGAAUGCACCUGCCCUGGAAGAUCUGUUUAUAUACAACGGGGAUAAACUUCCAACUUCAUAUUGGCCAGAGCACAGUGUUUUGCCUCUGCGAUACAGCCAUCUCACUAGGCUCCGGUCCUUCUCAUUGGGCACGUACAUACCAAUUUAUAAGCAGAUAGAGAUUCUCCAGUGUCUCUGCGCGGACGACCCUCCCCCAAGCUUGAGUGAGAUUAUCAUGGAGGCCAUGAUAGACCUGCGCUACGGACUCUUGCGCGGUAUCAAAGACGCAGUAAGGUAUAUCCAGUGGCUCAGUCUAGAUAAAUUGGACAUGUUUUUGCGCCGAACGGGCUUUGAACGAGUGAAAAAGGUUGUUGUGAGACUCGGUAUGGCUAUGGAUAUAUAUGAACCAGAGGAUCUGGACAAAGAGGUGACUGAGGGGUUUGUGAUUUUGUGGAGGACCACCAUCAGGGAUGCGGUAACCCGCCAAUUGGAGAUGAAGGCCGUAGAGGUGAAUGUCGAAUUGGAGUUGUGA